CGAGAAAGAAGACACAUCACAAUGUUGGCUUCACUGGCCUUGAGCAAUGACGCUACAACGUCGAACGAUCAGUCGAGCCACGAACGGGGCCCACAGCAGCGUGGCUCGCAUCUCGAUACGCCCGCCCAGGUGUUGGUGGAAAGGGCCUACCAAGUGCAGAUAAUGCUUAGGCCCCUCGCGUUUGCUGCUGCCACCGUGGUUCUCCUCGUUCUCUUCGGCGCAGCCGUCUACUUCGUUGUCAAAGCGCAUGAUGUCAUACAGGCGCGUUACGACUCAAUGUCUGCAGCUCAAGAACCCCGCGCUGGCGCCACCCAAGGUCCACUCGCUCCCGCACCGCCUCCAGUGCUGUGCUGUUACUACGAUCCCGCAUGGGCCAACGAGACGCUGCGGGGCGACUGGGCCUACGACCUGCUGCAGCACUUCCGCCACGAGCACUGCAGCCACGCCGUCUUUGUCGGCGCCCAGUACAGGGACCGCGCAAUCGAGCUGCCAGACUAUGUGACAGCUGCCCUGGAGCAGUUCCUGUCGCUGAGGCGGCGUGGCCUGUCCGUGCUGGCUUCCGUGUUCGUUGUGGACGCAGGCUGUGCGGCGCAAGAGAGCGGCCACUUCGCCUCCACCACAGCCGCGUGGCUGCGCCGACACGGCUUCCAGGGUGCCGAGCUGGACGUCGGUCGCAACUCUGUGUCCACGGGAUACGACGCGCUCGUCAAGGCACUAUCGAAAGAGCUACGUGCCCACUUACCACUUCUAGUACUCAGCGUAAACAUCUACCCGGAGCUGAGCUUCAUGAAGCAUGUGAACGUAAAGGAGAUACACGACGAUGCUGACAUCCUGGUGCUCAAUACGCAAGACCUUGUGAAUGACGACCAAGUGACGGCGGCUCACUCAGCGCUCUACGGAAAGCACUCGUGGAACACCAGUCUGGCUGCUGUGUACGCCCUCACCGGCUCCCUGUCUCAGUUGGUGCCAGUCGUACCGUUCACGUCGCGGGAGUUCGAGCUACAGGAGCCACUGCCUGGGCGGACCAGCGUUUCGGCGGGCCUCAGCUGCCACGGGCACGCCGACCUAACGCCGUACCAUUCUGCGGCCGGCUACAGGGCCUUCUUCGAGGUGCGUGAGCCCGAGGGUAUGCCAAAUCAUAGACGAUCCUUCGUUUUCCACCGUCUGGCAGGACAACGACUAUUGCUACAUGCAGGCCAAAGGGAAACGCUUCAUCGUCUUGGAAGAAAGAGAGAGCGUCAUUUGCAAAGUAAAGUUCGCGGCAGCCCACCGCCUCCUUGGCGUAGCGCUCAAGCACAUGGAUGCGGACGCAUUCCGGUCGUCGCCCGAGUGUGGACCCGCUCUCCCUCUGCUGAACGCGGUGGUCACGGAGAUGCACCGGCUACGGCCCCGCCCUCACGGCGAACUGCACCAAUGGACGCACGCCGAGCGGCGACUCACCGUGGUGCGAGCCAAUGGCAAGAUGGCCUGCCUCAGCCACGCUCAUUAACCGCAUGGACGGCCGCGAACCUCUUUUGCUGAACCGAGUCGCAAACUCCCUGAGAUACGACGCCACGAGCUACGCGAGGAGUUGCCUCGAAGAACGUCUAUUAGGGCGCGUGACGCGCGAUUUAUAUGUGCGCUCAAUAGACUGGCAAGCACCAGGAUUCGUAUUUCUCAAGCGCUGUUUGCGUUGUUUCCACUUGUCGCGCGAACAUUCUGGCAGGGAAAGCAUUGGCGUAUAUUGGUCAUUCAAACCUCCAGUGGCCAAACGAGACUGCAAGGAUCCUUGUUAUGUGGUGCCUUUUGUGUUAUAUAGCUGUCGUUGCUUUUUUUUUUCUCGUUCGCUUUAGUUCACACGAUAAGUUUUAGCCUUUUGCUGAUAUAAUCCACAAGCAUUAAAAUCAAGUUCGUCGUCA